UCAACAAACAAAUUUUUAGUAAAUCGAAAUUAAACAAUGUCAAUCCCAAGAUUAGCUGGGGAGGUACUACCCCAUGUGGCUGAAGAGCAGGCACGUCCGGAUAAUGCCCUUAUCCGCAUUGAACCGCGUCAGGUCGGGGACCUACAGGCUGUCGCUGUCCCGCCCACACCACCGGCAGCUUUGAUGGGACCACUCGCCGUUGACGGUUCUGCUCCUGUGCUGCUGCCCAUUCUGGACUAUGUGCGUGAGCUGCUGGCCCAUCCCUUUCCAAGAGAACCGGAGUCUACGGACUACAGGCUGCACAUCGCCUCCCACAGGCAGCGACUUCUGGAGUGCAUUACUACCGUUGUGGGUAUACUCCGUAAUGUGAUGUCGGCGAUGGCACGGGAUUCGCCCUUGAGUGCGGAAGAACGGAGAAACUUCCAGAAAUUGCGCACACUGUACUUUUCGGCCUUCGAUAUAGGGAACUCUCUGCGUCGGACCAUAGAUGCGGCGGGACAUACGGUUUAUUCGUGGCCCCGGCACUAUGUUGUUAUGAGCCCUGGCUUAAACUCUCCCGAUACGAGCUUCGGUGGUAGUUCCAUGCUUUUUCCUUGGCGGAACCCUUAUCUCUUCACACCCCAUCUGGGUGCACAUUACUUUGAGAGGGGCAUGGAACAACGGGAGGCGCACAUGGAAAGGGAGUUCUGGGACGAACACGAUUAUCUUGAUGAGGCCUCAACUGGGCCACCCGACAACGUGAUGGAAGACCAGAACAAUGGUACUUUGGAAGAACGUGGAGAUGGUGCUCCUUCUCACAACAACCGAGACAUUUAACAGUUUUUUCGAUCCUGUGCACAUAUGUACAUCUAUUGUAGUUUUUUCUCCAGUAAACCUCCUCCAGUUUUUGCAAA